CACCCUCCGCGGGCGGGAGGCGGAGCGUGGAGAUUGACAGGGCACUCGGCCUGUCGGGCCCAGUCCCGCCUCCCUGCCGCAUCUUCCGGCGCGGACGCCAUGGUGCGGUUCAAGCACAGGUACCUUCUGUGCGAGCUGGUGUCGGAGGACGCGCGCUGCCGCCUGAGCCUGGACGACCGCGUGCUGGGCGGCCUCGUCCGCGACACGAUCGCCCGGGUGCACGGGACCUUCGGCGCCGCCGCCUGCUCCGUGGGCUUUGCAGUCCGAUACCUCAAUGCCUACACUGGGGUAGUGCUACUUCGAUGCCGGAAGGACUUCUACCAGCUCGUGUGGUCAGCUCUCCCUUUCAUCACGUAUCUGGAGAGCAAAGGACACCGUUACCCGUGUUUUUUCAACACACUGCACGUGGGAGGUACAAUUAGAACCUGUCAGAAGUUCCUGAUUCAGUACAACCGGAGACAGCUGUUGAUCUUGUUGCAGAACUGCACUGAUGAAGGGGAACGGGAAGCCAUUAAGAAGUCUGUCUCCAGAAGCUGUCUACUGGAGAAAGAGCCAGCUGAAGAAUUUUCAGACAGUGUUGGUGAGGAGGCUAUGGAAGCAGUAGAGUGACCCUGUUUCCAGGCCACUUGUGGGACCAGGAAAUUGUGGGAGUUGGCAGCAGCACCCCACAGCUCUGCAAACGGACUACCAACCACAGCCAGGCGACCAUCUUGAAAUGGAGGGCUUGCUGCCUUUACCAUCCAAGGUCCUGAAGGCUCUGUACAGCUCUUUUACAUGUAACUGCUGAACUGAGUGGGUAGAAUAAAUAUUCUUGGCUUCCAGAGCAACAUUCCUAAACCAUAAGAAGUACAAAAUGAACUACAUAGUUCAUGCUUGGCCAGGUCUCUGUCCUCUAUGACACUGGUCUUAAGUGUGCUCCCUGCGUGGUACUAGAUGAAUUUUAAACAUUCCUAGACCCUGAAAAGAACUCAUGCAAACCUUUACGUGGUGGUGCACUCCUUUAACCCCAGCACCAGGGAGGCAGAGGCAGGCAGAUCUGAGUUUUGAGGCCACCCUGGCCUACAGAAUGCGUCCUAGAACAGCCAGGACUGCACAGGGAAAGUGUUGGGGGUGGGGUAAACGCCUGUAAAGCAGAAAUAUCAAUCAGUGACUAACCAACUACACUUGCAUAAUUUAGAGUCAGUUCAGUACUGUAUCCUAGGGCUACAAACACCAGGAUACCCACCUGACCGUUGCUCGGGGCACUUGAUAAGGAAUGCAGCUUUCAGCUGGCCCCAAUGAGGCAGGAACGUAAUCCUAGCACUCGGGAGGUUUGCUGGUUUGAAUGAGAAUGGCUCCCAUAUAUUUACUUUGGUUCCCAGAUGGUGGGACUAUUUGGGAAGGAUUGGGAGGUAUGACCUUGGAGGAGCUAUGCUAUGGGGGUGUUUCAAAAGCUCACACCAUUCCCAGUUAGCUCUCUGCCUCCUGCUAAUGGAUAAGAUGUCUGUUGCCAUGCUUCCCAUAAUGGUUGCGGUUAUGGUGGUUUGAAUAGGUAUGGCCCCCAUAAAUUCACGUGUUUGAAUGCUUGGCCCAUAGGAGUGGCACUAUUAGGAGUUGUGACCUUGUUGGAGGAAGUGUGUCACUGUUGGGGUGGGCUUUGAGGUCUCCUAUGCUCAAACUAUGCCCAGUGUAGCUCAACAGUUGCUUUUGUUGCCCAGGGAUCAAGAUGUAGAAUUCUCAGCCCCUUCUCCAGCACCAUGUCUGCCUGCAUGCUGCCAUGCUUCUUGCCAUCAAGAUAAAUAAUGGACCAAAUCUCUGAAACUAAGCCAGUCCCAAUUAAAUGUUUUCCUUUAUAAGA